GAAUAUAAGACGAGGAUUCAUUAUUCGACACGAACUUGAAGGGGGACGAGAUUAUGAAGUGCGUGUCUGGAAAGUGAGCACAGAGCGAAAGCACCCCAGAGCUGAGAUGGAAGCCGAGAAUAAGAAAGGAGGUGUUGCGUAGCCUCCAGGUUGCUAAGCCAGACAACCAUCAGAAUCGGUCUUUGGCUGAACGGUAAGCUGGCCGCUGAUAUGGAGGAAACUCAUCCAUGCAAAGGCGACAAGGGCCGUAAGCAGGUGGCAGGGCAUGUCAGGGUGACACCAGGAACCACUGCUCCAGAGGCAUGUGGCCAUGGCUGCGCCGACGAGCCAAAGGGUGGUCAGGAUGAUGAGGUCGUACCUCUCGGAGAUGAACCAGUUUGAAGGCAGGUGAGACCAGGGGAUCGUUAUAGCCGAAGUGACAAUAAGCUCA